AUGCCCCGCAAACAUUUUGUUCAGGAUCUGGAGAGAGUCAGAGGAACUGGCUCGUUCCCAUAUCUUCAUAAUAUAAGAAAGGGAGACGACGACGAGUCAAUAUGCUUUUCUUUUUCCCACCCCGACGACCCUCUGAUGACGUUGGACUUUCAGGUUGCUGUGUCAGAUCUGACUGAAUAUCCGCACUCUCAUCAGUACCUCAUCUUUUCGACGUCGACUACAGUCCCACCUGCUGUUGUUGACGUUCUUGAGGUAGCUCAAGCUGCAGCUGCAGGAUCCUCAGUUUCUGACCUGCUCAGUACUGUCAAUGAUGCGUUAGAAAAGACCCUUGUAUCUGGCAGUCAUCAAGAUACACCCGAGGGUGGAAGUGGCAUCGAUAACUCAAUUACAGAUGCCGUCGCGUCCCCCGAUUCUGAAAUUGAGUCUGACAGUGAGACCCCCUGGGAUGAUGAAUUCUUCGAUGAGGACCAGCAGUUCUUUGGAUCAUCUCAGAAACCUGUUGCCAUAUCCUCAAGCUUAAAACCCGACCUUCGGGAAACUAAGGCAGCCGGCUUCAAAGUGGGUUAUCUGGGAGAUCCUAAUGGCUCAGUCAUACUUUCAAUCUCGUGCCGCAUAUCCAGACUUGGCAUUUCAGAGGAAGCAAUGCAGGCAUGGGACGUACAGGGCAACCAAUACUUAGUCCUCUUGCUCCGCUUCCCCCAGGGGUACGUUAAUGCAAACCAUUUACUGGAAUUGAAAAACAGUUCUUCAUUGGUACAGAUGCACGUCGGUCUUUGUGCUUCUUACAAGCCAAAUAUAACAGAUGCCCAUCAAGCAUUUACAGGCACAUCCACUACCCAUCUACCAGUGUCAGGGCUUAUUACUCAGUCCGACAGCGUGGAAAAGCUGCUUUCCCUAUUCUUAGAAAUACCCCUGAAUACGCUCCUCAACGAACGAUUCAUUACAAUUCUCAGACUUCGACAUCGUUAUUCCCUCUCGUGGGCGGGUGCCGAAUCCUUAUUCAACGACUGCCAGGGUUUGAUAUUAAAUGAUCAGCAAGCUCCUCAAGAAAACCACGCGUUGUAUCGUUGCAAGGAUGAAUGGGGCGACACCGUACCACAUCUGGUCCAAGACGAUCAUUUCUCCAGUACCAACGAUCCAGAGUGUCUCUCUUUUCCAUUGUUGGCUAUGCAAUUUACUCUUCGGCAUUUUGUUAAAUGCACUCAGUUCUGCCUCGUCUGCCAUUGCAAGACUGAUACGAAUUUUGAGGCCCUGAAGCCCUACGUGUGCUCCAAACCCUUAUGUCUCUAUCAAUACAUGGCGCUUGGAAUAGGGCCAAGCCUAGAAUGGGAGAUCACUCGACAACCUCUUGUGAUCGACCUGCUUAUCAGCUUUGCAUAUGCGAGUGCAUGUGCCGGAAGUAUGGAAGAGCUGCCAGUCGGCCUCAGAAUGAUGGUUCCUCCACUUUAUGACCCCACUGGAAUUCAAUCCGGACUCUUGCAUCGAUUGGGAAAUGAGCACGGAUUGGAAUCGGAGCUUACAGUGAAUGAACCACAUCAGGAAAUCCUCAUCAAGCAGGGUGACUGGAUAUUGAUAGAUAAGCCUAACGGUGACGAGAAACUUGGUCAGUACGGCUUUUGUCAAGUACUCGACACAAACAAAUGGCCUAUUGUCAAGAUCUGGGAGCCAGUUACGCAGCAUACACGGGUUAUGGAAAGCGCCACCGACCCUCUGUUUGUUAAUUUUACCUUGCACAACGUGAAUUUUGAUGACAUAGAAGGCAGAGCACAUAAGCAACAAAUCAUCGUGGGUCUCCUGCAAUCGCUACCAGACGUCGAGUCAAUGAAGAAGUGGCUUGAGAAGGCAGCCCCGGGGUCUAAAAAUCUAUCAUUGUGGAAGAAUAUCCCACCGGCAGCUCUCGAUCUGCUACGAUGGAUUGUUGCAUCCAAUAGAUCUUGUAUCGUGCAAGACGGUACCGCCUUUGGACAGUCUGGGGGCACGCCCCGCCACAAUUUAGUGACAGGCAUGGAUGGAUACUUACAAUUCCGGUUCGCUCAAGGCUCGCCUGAUAAAGAGGAGAAAUUCGUUUCGGCCGUCAGUAAAAACAGUUUCAACUCUAAGUAUCCCACUAUUUUUGCGUGGCACGGGAGUGCUCUCUCCAACUGGCAUGGGAUCAUCAGAGAAGGGUUACACUUCAAAAAGGUUACAAACGGUCGAGCUUGUGGAGAUGGAGUUUAUAUGGCUCGAGAUUUCGAUAUGUCUGCUAGUUAUUCAGGACGACAUGCCUUCGUAUCGAACCCAGGAAUGCGAACGGGUUCAAAAUGGCCAAACAGUCUCUUGAACAUGACUUGUGCAAUUGCUUUGAACGAGGUAGUCAACAAACCUAGUGAAUUUGUUCACCACGCUAACGGUGUCUACGUUGUGGAUCGUAUAGAGUGGAUUCAGACUAGAUAUCUGUUUGUUGACUGCCAAAAGUCACCGGUGAACCAGAACCUUGUCGGUCCAUCUACGCCACCAGUCGAACAUGCGACUGGCGACGAGAUCUUGUAUUAUGCUCAACAUCCGGAUUAUACCGCUACUGGGGUUGACGGGAAACCUAUCAAUAUUCCAAUGACUAUUUUUAGUCGACGCCGGCGCAAUCUAGGACUGGAUAAUGAUGAGCAAGAAGAGCCCAAGACAGCAGCCAAAGGCAAGAGCAAAAAGGAGGAAAGGAGAUCCCAGAGCCGAAAGAGGAAGCUUAGGUCUACUGAAGUUCUCCUGAAUGAUGCAACUGACGACGGCGAUGACACUGCAAGCGUGGCCACACUAGCGGAGGAUCUCGCAAUCUUGUUCUCAGAUGCAGAUCAGGAGGCUGAAUCAGAGACAGAAAAAUCAAUCAAAAAACUAAAACUACCUUCAGUGUCGAAGGGGAAAACGAAAGCAAUGACGGAAAACACAACCGUAACACUAUUCGAACCCGGAACCCUCACCGAAUCAUCCAUAACAAUCCUUCCACCACCCUCAUACGCAACCAGUUCAGCUACAAAAGCUCUCCAAAAACGUCUCCUCCAAGCCCUCAAAGCACAGGACCAGACACCCCCGGACGAGUUAGGAUGGUACAUUAACCCUCAACUCAUCAAUAAUCCUUAUCAAUGGAUCAUAGAACUCCAUUCCUUCGACCUCUCGCACCCCUUAGGGCAAGAUCUUCAGAAAGCAGGUCUCCAAAGCAUUAUUCUUGAAAUGCGCUUUCCGCCGGAUUUUCCCAUGUCACCCCCCUUUGUACGGGUUAUUCGUCCGCGAUUACUCGAGUUCAACCAGGGAGGAGGCGGUCACGUUACGAUGGGUGGAGCGUUGUGUAUGGAACUACUCACUGGAUCUGGGUGGUUACCUACCUUCUCCAUUGAGAAUGUCCUGCUUUCGAUUAGACUUGCGUUAUGCUCUAUAGAUCCGAAACCGGCGCGUUUGGCGUCGACGUCGUCAUGGAGUUGGCGAUUGGAUAAGGGUGAUUAUUCGGUCAUGGAGGCUGUGGAUGCUUAUACGAGGGCUUGUCGGGCACAUGGAUGGCAGGUGCCGAAGGAUUUCGAGAAAAUGGCGUGGUAGGUGCAUUCGUUGCGAGUUUACAAAGCGUUUUCAGGGACAGACAAGAGAAAGACUAGGUUAGACUGAUUUUCUUACCGA